CAAUCAACUUUCUCUUCCGGCCAAAAUAUUGCGGGAAAGUUGAGUGAAGGCAACAGCACAAGCCUUUAUGUUGAGUCGCCUUGGAUAAAACUAAUUUUGACAGCAUGAGGACAUUAGAAGAGGUUCAAGCCACACUACAAAUCGCUAAAGUAAAUGAAGAAGACCUGCAGCCCGUCACUUACUGUCUUUCUUUCGGAGACAAUGUAUCGUCGGGCGAUUAUUGUCUCAUGCAGCUGGAUGACACACUUUGCAAACACAUUGAAGCAGGCGAGAGUCUAAUAGUCAGAGGUGAUAAAGACGAGCAUGCAGUUCUGUGCAGUGAAGACAAGACGUACGACUUGAAAAUUGCAGACACGUCAAAUCUGCUGCUGUUUGUACCAGGAUGUGAAACUCCAGACCAGCUGCCUGACAUCUCAGCAUCUCCUCAACAACUCAUGCAUGCACAGAUUUGGGGUUUUUCAAAUUGUUACUGGGAGCUGAGAAGGCAGAGGCCAAGGUUAAAGAAGCUGAAGAAACUUCUCAUGGAGAAUCCAUAUGACGGUCCGGCGGUGGGCAUGCAGGAGGAGGCGCCAGGGCCGAAGUACACUAUGGAUGACCUUCUUGAAAGAAUACAAGCAAGCAGAGAAGAAAUCGAGGCACAUCUUCAGAAUGUCCAUGCUUGUGAAAUUGACGGAUUUUGGAGGAUCCUGGAUUUUGAUUAUGAAAUGAAGAUCCUCGGUUAUGUGACCCAGCUGGUGGACUCAGAGUCUUGGUCUUUCAGCAAAGUUUCUCUCAGUGUCUGUCUGGAAGAGCUAGGAUCCCUUGAGCCAAAAGCCAUGAUAGAACACUGCCUGAACUGUUAUGGAAGACGCUACAGUAAUGGAGAUGGCCAGGUGAUGUAUGCACUGGAUGAGGACAAAGUAUGUAGAGCCACAGCUCAGCUGCUUCUGCAAAACGCUGUGAAGUUCAACCUGUCAGAGUUCCAGAAGGUUUGGCAGCAGAGCGUUCCUGAGGGAAUGAGCACUAGACUGGAUCAGCUCCGGGGUUUAGCUCUGUUAGAUCGAAGCUCUAAACCAGAGACCAUCUCACUGCUGCGGGUAGAAGAUCUGCCUGAAGAUACGCUGGAGAGAUUCAACAACCUCUUCAGCCUGAGAGAAAAAUGGACACAGGAUGACAUUGAACCCUACAUACAAGAUCUCUGUGGAGAGAAGCAGUCAACUGGAGCUCUCCUGACCAAACAUGCACGUUCAUCUGUACAAAAUGGUAUUAAGGUCUACAAUUCAAGAAGACCUGUUGCAACUUAACAGUAAAAACAAAUCACUGUAAAGCCACUGGUUGCUGCCUUAUAUGUUGUUCGGUUGAAAAUAAAAAACACAUUAAAUAUUGUUAUACUGUAGCUUAGUGUGGAAAAUGUCAUUUUUAUUCAAAUCUGCACUACAGUAUAACUGUAAAGUGGGGAGAAAAUUUUGCAAACUGAAAGUGACAGUAUUUUUAUAUUAUAUUGCACGCUUUCUAAAUAUCUUAUGAUAUGACCCCUUUAAGUGUUGGUUUAAUUUAAGUACAGUGGAAGAAAAUUGAGAACAAAUGUGAAGAGAAGGGUGUUUUAGAGCAAAGCGAGUUGAGGGAGAACUUCAGGGCAGCGUAAGUUAGAUGAACUGUG